AUGUCGUCUAUGCGAAAUGCCGUCGCACGGCGACCUCACCGCGAGCGAGCGCAACCGCUAGAGCGUCAACGUCUCGGUCUUCUUGAGAAGCACAAGGAUUACUCUCUUCGAGCCAAGGACUUCAACAAGAAGAAGGCGCAGCUCAAGGCGCUUCGCGACAAGGCGGCCGAACGAAACGAGGAUGAAUUCUACUUUGGCAUGCUGUCCCGCAAGGGACCUGGGAACCGCGUGAAGGAUGGCAAGAAAUGGUCUGGAACCGUCCAGGGCGAUCGAGGAAACAAGGUGCUGGAUGUCGAUACCGUGCGCCUACUCAAGACGCAGGACAUUGGCUACAUCCGGACGAUGCGCCAGGUUGUGUCGAAGGAAGUUGCCAAGUUGGAGGAACAGGUGGUUCUCACACGGGGAUUCGACAAGCUCGACGAGGACGGGGAUGAAGAACAAGAGGACGACGACAGCGAGUUCGACUUUGCCACAGCGCCCUCGAAACCGAAAGCGCCGCGAAAGAUUGUAUUUAUGGACGACGAAGAGCAACGGGAGGAAAUAAUACAGCACCAGAUGGACGAGGACGAUCAAGACGCCGCGGACAAGACGUUUGAAGGGUUUGACGACGAAGAGAAGGAGGAUGCAGAGCUUGAGCGAGCCAAGUCUCUCCGGCGUCUACGGCUACAACUCGAAAACGCCCGCAAGAAGCUCCAGACCCUGAAAACCGCCGAGGAGGAACUCGAGAUUCAGCGCGCAAAGAUGGCAAAGACGGCGACGUCGGGAGGAACCACACGCAAGGGCAAGAAGAUUAUGGUUCGGACACGAAAGCGAUAA